AUGGAAAUUCUGGGUGAUGGUGUUUGUCUGCCUCCUUUACUGGAAAACUGGACUAUUAGCAUCACGUGUGCAGGAGUGCUCCAGGUGGAUGCUGGCCCCAUUGUUUUGAUGGGCUCGGACCUGAAUGUGCUCUGCCGCUCAGAAAAGGAGCGCUGUGGAAGACACUUCUCUGUGUACCUCAACCAGUUGGCCCAAACGCCCCUGAAGGUGCUCAACUGCUCUGCGGUGAUGCUCCACUUGACCGACAUCAGGACACCCACACUGGAGCUGAAAUGCAUAGUCAGCGAGGAUGGCCACAAGCGGACCGUCUGUGGGAAGAACUUCCGAUCCGGCUAUCCUCCGGAUAAACCGACCAACUUCAGAUGCUUUGGCCCAAGGGACUCAGAGAACAUGAGCUGUAUCUGGGACAAAGGGAAAGAAACUCACAUACCCACCAGCUACAAUGUGACGUUUAAAAACAGUGAAAACAGAACCUACAACUUUCAUGAGAGGAGCCAUGAUGCAGCUCAGCUCCACGUCCCAUGGUCCGUCUUUGGUGUGAGCGGGGAGUGCGCUGUGGAUGUGACAGCUCGUAACGGACUUGGAGAAUCUGUCUCCGACACAUUCCUGCUGUCAGCCAAGGAUGUAGAAAUACCCAGCACCCCUAAAAUCAUCAGCGUAGACUUCAAGAAUAAUUCAGCUGUAUUGCGCUGGCAGAGUUCUGAACCAUCUGUGAUGCUGGGAAAAGUUAGACUUGGAGUAACCAGAGAUGGAAUGACAUCUUGGGAUGACAGGAAUGGCUCUGACGCCAGCAGAGGGGAGUUGAUACUGGAUGGACUCCAGCCUCAGACCCAGUACGAGUUCCAGAUUCAGAGCUGCACUCAAGGAGAAAGGCCUAAAUGCAGCCUGUGGAGUCCAGCUGUGCAGAGGAUGAGCCCUGGAAUUGCUCCUUCUAGAAAACUGGAUGUAUGGCGAAUACUUGAAAGCACUCAGGACAAGCGGGUGCAAAAUGUGACCGUAUUAUGGAAGCCCCUAGCUUAUGAAGAAUACAGUGGGGUCUUGGUGUGUUACAAGCUUAUGUAUGAACAGCACGGGCUGAAGAAGACAGUGAGCUGCGCAGCGAAUGUCACGGAGUGCACCAUAAAGCUGCCCCGUGGAGUGAACGCUCUUCUCGUCUCCGCUGUCACAUCUGCAGGAAGCUCUCCGCCAUCAGCCCUGACCCUCAGACAGACAGGUUUGCCAGGUCCUCAGGUGUCACGACUGGCUCCCGCAGGUAACAACGGCGUGUUCUUAGCGUGGGUCGUGCACGCUGACAAGUCUGCAUCAAUAGUCUGCUAUAUAGCCCAAUGGCAGAGCACUUCUCUGGACCUGCAAUGGAAGAGGUUACCAGCUGAACAGAACUCUACAUACAUCGAAGGUUUGAAGCCUGGCUUCAGGUUUCACAUCUCCUUGUACUCAGUAACGUCAAGCGGUUCUUCCUAUCCCGUCUCUGCCUGGGUAUACUCUAAAGAGGAACCACCGCUCUCUGGGCCUAAAGUAUCGAUCAAAGCAGCUGAAGAAAGCCGCAUACUAAUCCGCUGGGAAGAGCUGGAGCUGCACCAGCAGAGAGGCUUCAUCGCAAAUUACACUGUGCACAUCAGGAAGUGCGCCAGUGGGCAACACCUUCAAAAGGUGACUUUCGAAGGUCCUCAAGCUGGACAAAGGUGGCUUGACAAGCCAGCCACCAGCUUCGUCCUUCACGUCUCAGCUUCAAACUCAGCUGGAGAAGGUCCAGAAGGAGAGGGGGUCCUCUACCAGUGCCCAGGCCUACCAGGUUAUCUCCAGGACUCUCCUGAAGGUCAGCUAUUCACCCCGCCUGUCUCCUCUGAAAAUCUGUCAAUGAACAUUUGCUGGCAUACAAACUCCAUACAUGAUGACCUUAUGUGCUUGGAUCAUCUCUUUCUUUCGUCAAACACGAUUUGUCUACAUACACCCAUGAGAACAUGGAGAACAAGCACUGGGGUACAAACUUGGUAUUUCUACUCAUUAGGUGGCUUUAGUAUUAAAGUUUGUCUUGCCAUCACUAUCCCUCUGUUCAUUUUGGCAAACUUGAUGUACUGGAAAUGUUUUAGAAGAAGGGUUAAAAUGACAUGUAUAAAUCUGGGACCUCGGUGGCUUUUUGAAAAAUUUCCCAAAGUUGAAAACAGCAACGUGACCAGAAUGCUGCAGGAAAAUUAUUCAUAUUCUUCUUGCUCGUCAGUAUACAGCGACCCACCCAUCACUCCUGUGAAGGACGUCCCAACAUCUGAGCAGACCCGUUUGCACAGCACUGUAUCCAGGGAAAGCAGCUGUGACAAAGGAGUAGCUGAGACCACAUUACAGGAAAAAGUGGUUCUGUAUCAGGACUCUGGAUACAAACCCCAGAUUACCCCAUUUACCCCAGAGGAAGAUAUUCUUGAAUCAGAAGACAGCCUUAUCACAGGAGACCUAAUAUGUGAUAUGGAGACUCCUGAGUUCCAGAGACACUGGCCCUGGGGUGUGAGUGAGGACAGGUGCAGUCCAGGCCUGCGCACAAGGAUCAGGCCCACCUUGAACCCCAGUGAUGAGAGGGCUCUAGCCCCUAAACAAGAAAGCCUAGUAGAUUUUAACAGCUUCUUGGAAGAAACGAGAUAUGGGCAGACGCUGUUGCCAGAUGAUCUGGUGAGCUGUCUGAUGGGUCUUAAACUAAAGCCAGCAGGGUCCACCUCUUAUUUUCCUCAAGGACUAUUUGGCACAGAAGACCACAGCUGAGACAUAAUCACAGUUGGAGAUAUAAGAGAUCUUCGGCUGCCCACGUGCGAACCAAUGAAGUCCAAGGAAGCGUGAUGUAUUUUGCACCAAAACUGAGGAUAUCCCCUCAGUCCACUAAAUGUGUCGUUUUAAGACUAUUUUUAGCAUUAGCCCUAUUUAAAAGGGAUAAAAUAUUAUGAUUGUUAAACAAUCAUAUAUGAUAACUGCUUUAACAUUUGUCAUCUUCCUAUCACUGGAUUGUACAGAUUAUCAGUAACAGAACCUGACAGCGUGUUUACGGAACAUUGUUCCAUUUCGACAUUUUAAUACUGUUUUAAUAUGGUGGUCUCUACUCUAUAUGAAAAAUGAAAAGACAGCUGAAGAGUUUCACUUCUGCUAUUUCUGUUUUUAAAAUUUUCAAAACUAGCCACACACCUCAAAGUCAGCUGUACUGGAUAUAAAGUCAGUACAUUGCAAGAACUCAGCUGUGGUCAGUAUGUACUCCAUAAACAUUGGUAAAUACAAUAUUCCAUCAUGCCCUUUUAGAUCUGCAGCAUCUGCUGCAUCCCUGCAUUCAAUGCAUUACAUGGACAGCAACUCGUAUCUCAAUCGAAAAUCCCUGCUGCUCCCCUAAAACAUCUGGAACACGCUGAGUUAGUUGAUUACUGUAUAGCCAGAGACAAAUCCUUCAUUCAUAUUCACAAUGUUUCAGUUUAUCUGUAAGAUUACUGGAAAGAAACAGGUGCAAAGAAACUCAGAGGUUUUUUUCUGGAAAUGAUUAAUCCUCACCUGUCUGCCUUCUCUAUGCAUACUGCAUUUUUUCCACAACAUUUAAUUUUUAUGCUUUCUAACAAAUGCUCCCUGGUAUGUAUCAGAGGAAACUAUUAUUUGCCUGGUUAUGACUCAGUGAUCCAGAAUAAUAGUUUCUAGCAACAACCAGUCUUUUCACAACCUUCUUUGUAGUUAUGCAUGCACAGCAUGUCUGUUUUCAUAGCUCCUGCAAAAUACCCCUUUCACUUCCCUUUAGGCUGCUAGCUGCUAAAACUUCAGGUGAGUUCAGAUCAUUUGUCCUGCCAAACAUGCUGCACUUGAAGCCCUUAAAUACUGUCCUUCAAUAAUGGGGUCAUGUGAUCAAGUGAGAAAACACUCAUACUUCUGAAAUGUCUGAAAUGUCACACGGUUCUCACAGCUGCUGUA